AUGUCCAAGACCGACGACGUGAAGCUCCCUCGUGAGCCCAAGUGGCCUACGCACAAUGCACCGCGAGUCUGGUUCAUCACUUGCGCCAACUCUCCCGUUGGUAUAACGCUGACACGCCAUCUACUUGCUCACGGCGACUACGUAACAGCUGGAGUUCUUCCUGUCGAAUUUGAGAAACACGAGGAUCGCAGCGCUGACUUCAAGGAGUUUCUUGAGGAGGUCGGGACACAGCAGGAUAAGGAAUCAUGGAGAGCACGACUACGAGUAGUGGCAUUGGAUGUUAGAAUCAUGGGACAAUGUCAGAGUGCUGUUGCUGAGGCGGUGCAGACAUUUGGCAGAGUGGAUAUACUCUUCUGCUGUCACAGCGAAGUCGUGGUUGGCACGGUGGAGGAGUUGAGUCAGAGCAGUAGAUGCCUGACACUGGUGCACGACCAAUUCGAGACGAACUUCUUCGGCCCGGUCAAUAUCAUCAAAGCCGCUCUGCCGAUCUUUCGAAGCAAGAAGAAUGGUCACAUUGUUAUGCUCACGGCCAUCACUGGACAUCUUGGUACGCCGGGUCUGAGCAUGUAUUGUGCGUCACAAUGGGCGAUCGAGGGCUACUGCGAUAGCCUGGCUUACGAGAUCGCGCCGUUCAACAUCAAGCUCAGUAUUGUGCAGCCGAAUAUGGAGGUCAAUGUCCUUACGCAUAAGAUUACGAGUGCACCACCACUUGCCGCAUAUGCUGAGGAUCAGAAUCCUGCGCCAUUGUCGCGUAACAUCCUUUCUGGACUGCUGGACAGGCUGGAAGGUACUUCGGAGCCCACGACUGGAGAUCAGUUGCAACGCAACGAGGUGACUAGCCUGUAUCCGCCACUCAGCAAAGGCAUGAAGGAGCGUCUAGUGGCGGAGACUGUUCACGCAGUCGCUGCUAUCGGUGGGCAUGACAAUCCUCCCGCCAGGCAUAUUGUUGGUUUCGAGGGCGUAACGAGUGUCAAGGAGAAGCUCAAGACUGUCAGCGAGGAGCUAGAGGACUUCAUUGAGUGCAGUACUGCUGUCGACAUUCAUGGAAAUGAAGACAUCCCGCAGUUGCAGCAACAUAUCUCGGUAUCUGGCUGA